GCAGUCAGUAGUGCCGCGCGGCGCUGCGCUCCACCGCCUAACACUACGCGCCGCAUGCGUCUUCGCUCCGUGCCUCUCGAAUUCUACUAUGCGACUCGCGUGUUGCGCUUGCUCGUGUUGUGGUGCUUUAUGAUGGUACAGCAUGAAAGUGCAAGAUAUGCGGACGUUCCGUGACCGACGCCCUGCUAGAUUUGCCACCGCCACAAGUGGGCGGAGAGACGGGACGCUUUCUCGGCUGCUCAGGUGAGCGGCCUCUCGCAUCUCACGUCGCUGGUUAAAGACGCUGCCAUCUCGGGGUCGAUAAAAAAUGCCUUACAGAUGGACAUGACCUUUUACCGCCGAUUAGCUAGGGUGGAGUCACAAGUGGCACAAGCGAGUGGCAGGGUGUGGUGAUGGAGUUGGUAAUACUGAAAGCAAGAGCCCAGCUGAAUCGUCUCGUGUCGGGUGAGCGGCGCGCGAGCGCGAGCAAGGACCGGGAGGCGCGCGCGGGCGGCGGCGGUGGCGCGCGGGCGGCGGUGCGCGAGCGCAGCAUGGCGCCCGCCCCCCCCGCGCCGGCGACCGCCGCGCCCUGGCUCAACGCCACGCUAGCAUACAACCUUUCGCGCAUCAACUCAACCUUCGAUACCGACUACGAGCUUCUUAACGCUAGUUCUACCGAUGAACACGACAACCAUUGGUUCUGCGCUAAAUGGACCAGCGCUCAGCAAGAUCUUUUUCAGGCCGCAAACCUAUGCUUCGCAAUUGCAUUCCUGGCGCCGAAAAGUUUCAAGCAGAGUAUAUUAGUCCUGCGGGCGCUGGCCGCGGCGGGCGCGGUGCUGAUGGGCAUGUGGGCGGGCGCCGAGGUGUGUGCACCCGACGUGCUAGCGUGGAGCCUCGCGCUCGUCCUCGUCAAUUCUAUACACACAGUUUUUUUAAUUAUAAGGUUUCUUCCACCGGCGUUGUCAUUAGAGCUGACUGAUUUGUACCUGAAACUAUUCAAGCCUCUGAAAGUGAAUAAGAAGCACUUUCAGGAGCUAACUCGAGAAGCGAGGGUCGUGAAACUAGAGCCGGGUGAGGCGUACGCGGUCGAAGAAGUCACGCCGGCAGACGAACGAUUGUCAAUAUUAUUGAAGGGAAAGAUGCGAGUGAGUUGCGAUGAAACGCAUCUUCAUUAUAUACAGCCUUACCAGUUCGUCGACUCACCCGAGUGGGAAGCGAACCGUGAACAGUCUGACGACGUCUUCCAGGUGACUGUGGUCGCGGAGGAGGUGUCCACGUGCGUGUGCUGGUCGCGCAUGCGCCUCGAGCGCGUGCUGCGUCAUCGCCCUGCCCUUAAGGUCGUACUCGACUGUCUCAUAGGCAAAGAUAUCACGCACAAGCUGUAUUCAGUCAGCGAAGGACUGGGUGCAGGAGUGGGUACCGAGGCCGAAGGUUUACCGCCACACCUCACGCGUUCAGCCAGCGUCGAUGCUGUACAUGAAGGAGCGCGCGGUCGCUUGCGAAGUCUUGCGUGGAGAGCAAGAUCUACUUCUACAAAAGGGUCUUCGUACUGGCAGCCGGUUGUUGCACGCCAAUUUCUUCGACAUUCACCAUUUAGCCGGAGCGUGAUUCCUCCACCUCGACUAUUAACACAAGCGUCCUCGGCGAGUCUGCAGCCGCCCGUACGUCGCCGUAGCCCACCACGCCGCACCGCUUCGUUCCGACGUAGCCGCGAGGUUAAGUUCGCGGAGAGCCCUUCGGAGCCGGCCGUGUGACGCGGGCCGCGGCCCCAGCCCGAGCUGGUGCCGCUGGUCGCGCCCGCCUCUAUCUCCCCUAGUUCACCCCACUUCCCCUGACCCGACCGUGAGCGAACGAUACCACACACGACAGACUUUUAGCAUCGAUACAUUUUGCCUCCGUACGAGAUCGCAAGACUCUGCGUAGGCUAGGUGCUGUUAUAUAGAAAAAAAUGAGCUUCCCCAUAAACUACGUGACAAGAUUCGUUCGCUCAAAUCGCGCUUUCGAUGUGAAACACUUAGUGCUCACAAAUCAGGGAGUGACCAGUGCAAUAAUGUGGAUUAGCAUCGGACUGUACACAGAUUGUGCAAAAACAGUGUUUAUAAAACUUAAAAUGUAAUUAUUGUGUGAAAAGUAGACUAUCUAGUUAGAAGUAAAUGUAUUUUAUUGUAUUCGUUUUACCGCUCAUCUCCCUUGACGUUUGAUUGCUUCGAGGUUAUUCGUGAUAUAUAAUGAAAGAUAAUUUUGACUACGAAGCUGAUUUUUCAAAUUGAUAUGAACUCCAAUUGUAAAAAUGUUCAAAUUAUCUCGGCUAGAAUUGUAUGGUAAUCACUCGGCUAGAUAUAACGAAUAACAUUUUAAUAUAUUUUUAUUCAUAUGUAUAAAUAAUUAUAUUUUGUUGUUUUAUGUUUAUUUUUCUAAAGGGAACGA